AUGGUGGCCUCACUGUCUCAGAUGCAUAAAACGUUGUUAGCAGAGUGGAGUAAGGAGCAGAAGAAUACAAAUACAAUUGAACAAGUUCUUAAGCAAAUGGAGGAAGCAUUGUUUGACCAAGCAGCUAUCGGCUCUCUAGAUGCUAAAGCGCUAACUACUAUUUAUAAGGAUUACUACGAAAUCAGCGCUCUUGUCGCCGUUUUGAGAAAUGAUAUGGCAGCAUUUGAUGAUGCAAUCCCUAGAGUUCUCUCAUUUUACGACCAAUGUCCUUCUGCCGCAGAGAACAAAUAUCUUAUGAUCGGACUGAACCUAAUGUUCCUGCUGGCUAGCAACCGUCUCUCUGAUUUCCACAUGCUGCUCGAAUCUGUUCCGCAAAGCAUCCAAUCUAACAACCCUUACAUUUCAACUCCUGUUCGUUUGGAACAAUCGCUAAUGGAAGGAGCGUACAAUAAGGUGGUCCUUACGGAGAAAACAAUUCCCAGCCAGUUCUACAGCAUUUUCAUCCGAAUUAUGAUGGAUGCAGUCAGAAGCGAUAUCGCUCUAUCAGUUGAGAAGUCGUUCAAGUUGCUGAGUACUCGCGAUGCCGCUAACAUGUUGCUGUUUACCAAUGAUGCUCAGGUCAACGAGUUUGCCAAACAAGUGAGUAAUGUAAUUUUGUGGAUAAUAAUCUUAAGUUUUUUCAACCUACCUAGUUUUACCUAUGCAGUAGAAACCAGAGUACCGAUACCAGUACUGUAA